AAAAAAAAAGCUUUGUAAACAAAACAUUGUGACCGGGAGGGAAAGCACGUUUUGCUGCUUGUUUAGGGAAGUGACCAUAGCAAACUUAUAAAAUGCCGCAAGACACUAAAAGAAUAAAUGGGCCAGAAGCUUCCACUUCAUAUUGGGUCCAUUACAAAGCUAAUGCAGCGAAAACAUUCGAAGAUCGUUUGAGUGACGCGAUUGGACAGGAUGGCAAACGAAAGGAUGGUCGCCGGCUGCAGGAAAGCCGCAAAUAUUAUGCAAAGGUCGGUGUCGUCUCAACGGCCAAAGGAUCCGCAUACGUUGAGCUGGGUAACACGAAAGUCAUAGUGUCCGUGUUCGAUCCGCGAGAAAUACCGAAGCAGAACAAAUUCAACGAAUUGGGCGAACUGUUUUGUGAUUUUAAGUUUUCUCCUUUUGCCUCGUUGGUGAGGAAAAAUCCACAAACAGAUGCUCGGGAACGUAGUAUGGCUACGGCGUUGGCAAGCGCUUUGAACCCAUCCGUUUGUCGGCAUCUGUUUCCGAACCUGCAGAUUGAUGUGUUUGCGAAUGUGCUGGAAGACGAUGGAUCAGCGUUGUCCGUAGCGAUAACUGCUGCCGGGCUUGCGUUGGGUGAUGCUUGCAUACCGAUGUUCGAUAUAGUGACUGCUGCGACAGCCGGAAUCCUAGGCAAUCGUAUCAUCGUUGACCCUACCGCAGAGGAAGAAGCCUUGUGUAUGGAUGGAUACACCGAGUACAAUCAUGGGCUGGUGAUGAUAGCGAAGCUGCCAACGUUGGAUCAGGUACCGGAGAUCCGGCAGUAUGGAAGUGUGGAUGUGGAAACGCUGUGGGAAACGUGCAAGCAGCUAAACACAAACUGUGCAGACCUGGUCCCGAUCGUACAACAGCUGUUGGUGAGCAAAGUGAAGUCUCGCCUUCGAGAGCUCGAGGUAGGAAGUGAUGAAGAAAGCGAAAACGGUAAGGACAAAGAGGAUAAGACGGGCAACAGUUCGGGAGAAGAGAAAUGAUGUAAAACAAUAAAGCAACGCCUUAAACACUCGUAA